AAUCAGAAAUUUAAUUGAGAGAUGGCAACACCUUACCAGAAUAUAAUGGCUGGGACGCCAGCUGGACUUCAUCCCAUUCUACAGCAGAUAGAUCAGCUGAAUGCUCUAUACACAACCGUCCCUCCAACGAAAACAGCAGCGGGGCCAACAUCCCCAACAGCAAACAAAGAAAACGAGGAACUGGUGAAGAUGCAAGAUGAAGGUGUACAAGAGGCUGUCAGUUCUGAAGUAUUCUCAGUUUACCAGCAUAGAGAAAUAGUCAAAGGCUGCUGUCCACACCCGGGUGAUAUUGUGGAGGCCGGUCCUUUAGCUGCCCUGAAUCAGCCCGACCCCACAUACCCAUUGACAGACUCCCUGCCAGAGGAGGUGAUCAGGGAGGGAAAACUCAGCAGCUUACAAUUAGAGGGAGUACUUUAUGCUUGUCAGCAGCAUAUGAGGAUAUUACCCAGUGGACAAAGAGCUGGCUUCUUUAUUGGGGAUGCAGCAGGUGUAGGAAAAGGACGACAGAUUUCUGGGAUUAUCUUUGACAACUAUGCCAGGGGGAGAACAAAGCAUAUAUGGUUCACCAUUUCAUCAGAUUUAAUUGUAGACAGCAGAAGGGAUUUGUCGGACAUUGGUUGCCACGUGCGAGUUAUUGAUGGAUGUCAGGAGUUGGACAGACAAACAAGGGUGUUAGGGUUACCUGCAGACUUUAAAGAAGGAGUUGUGUUCAGUACAUAUGCUACACUGGUAUCAUCAGUUCAGAGAGGUGUCUUCAAUGGUUCAAAACAGAGUCGUUUACAACAGCUAGUGAACUGGUGUGGAGGGGAGGAAUUUGAUGGAUGUCUGGUAUUUGAUGAAUGUCACAAGGCCAAAAAUUUUGUACCUGGCAAAGAGCAGGCUAGUACUAAGGUAGCUUUAGCUGUCACAACAAUUCAAAGGUUGCUACCCAAAGCAAGAGUGCUUUACUGCAGUGCCACUGGUGUCACAGAUGUCAAGAAUAUGGCAUUUAUGGAGAGGCUAGGCCUGUGGGGUGUGGGGGCCCAGUUCCGAUCCUUUGAACAGUUCAUUGAGUUUGUUCAGAAGAAAGGGCUGGGAAUGGCAGAGAUGUUGGCCAUGGAGAUGAAGAUGUCGGGAAUGUAUGUGUCCAGGGGACUGAGCUACAAACAGGCCGAGUUCUCUACUGUGGAAAUCCCCCUCACAGAAGAGCAGAGGAAGAUCUAUGAUACAGCUGCUCAUGUCUGGAAUGAGUUGAAGAAGGCCCUGGAGAGUGCUAUAGUGAGAACUAACUACAGUGGCAGCAGGAUCUGGUCACAGUUCUGGUCAUGUCAUCAGAGAUUCUUCAAACACCUCUGUAUUGGUAUGAAGAUACCCACUAUUGUCAAAGAAGCCCAGACAGCUCUAGAAAAUGGAUGUUGUGUAGUUAUUGGACUACAAAGCACUGGAGAGGCUUCAUUUGAAAGUGAAUUCAGCAAGAACAAAGGAAAAGUUUCAGGAUUUGUCUCCCUUUGUAAGGAGAUCUUCACUAGAUUCAUCACUCAACAUUUUCCAAUCAUGAUAGAGAGCCAGAACAAGGAUGAGGUUUUAGUGGAUGAAUGGAGCAAACAGGCCAGGGAUCUACUAUUGGGCUUUGCUGAGAAAAUUAACUUACCAAACAG